GGGCGGGAACGACGGAGUGGAGAUGUAGGUGCCUGAAGAAAAUCGAGGUCUUUUCGAAAGCGAUGUCUUGCUUAUUGACACCCGUAGAAAGUCCUAACGAGGACUAAUCCCUUCGUUCUUCCUCCUGGCUCGGGCAACCGCCUCCCCAAGCUGCGUAGAGGCGCCCAAGAUGGCGGGAGGUUCGGGGCAGUAGGAAGCGCUGGAGGCGAAGCGUAGCCGCGCGUGGAGGCUGGGCGGUGGGUGACCUGCCGGCACCUUCCUUUCUCGACCAUGAGCAACAUCUACAUCCAGGAGCCCCCCACCAACGGCAAGGUUUUGUUGAGAACAACAGCAGGAGAUAUAGAUAUAGAAUUGUGGUCAAAAGAAGCACCAAAGGCAUGUCGAAAUUUCAUCCAGCUUUGUAUGGAAGAGUAUUACAAUAACACAAUAUUUCACAGAGUAGUGCCUGGCUUUAUAGUGCAGGGAGGUGAUCCCACUGGUACUGGAUCAGGUGGAGAUUCAAUCUACGGAGCUCCUUUCAAAGAUGAAUUCCACUCUCGACUGCGAUUUAAUCGAAGAGGACUCGUUGCUAUGGCAAAUGCUGGGCCCCAUGAUAACGGGAGCCAAUUUUUCUUUACGUUGGGUCGUGCAGAUGAACUUAAUAACAAGCACACCAUCUUUGGAAAGGUUACAGGGGAUACAAUAUAUAACAUGUUGCGUCUGGCUGAAGUAGAAGUUGACAAGGAAGAGAGACCUCUCAGUCCACACAAAAUAAGAAGUAGUGAGGUUUUGUUUAAUCCUUUUGAUGAUAUUGUUCCAAGACCGAGUAGAAAGCAGAAGAAGGAGAAGCCAGAAGAAGAAAUUAAAAAGUCCAAAGUAAAAGGCACAAAAAAUUUUAAUCUGCUUUCCUUUGGGGAAGAAGCUGAAGAAGAAGAGGAGGAAGUCAAUAGAGUUAGUCAGAGCAUGAAAGGAAAAAGUAAAAGUAGUCAUGAUCUACUGAAGGAUGAUCCACAUCUAAGCUCAGUUCCUGCUGUCAAAAGUGACGCAGCAAGUGAAGAAGGCGAUUUGAGUGAGGAGGAAGAAGAACAUGAUGAAGAUGCUGAUAGCGUAGAAGAUGAAGCUGCUAGCAAUGAGAGAUCUCAAAUGAAAGAACGCGUUGCCAAGAAGUUGAAAAUUGAUACAAGUGAAAAUGCUAAACAGCAGCCUCAAGAGGAAGAAACUAAGACAGAAAAGAAAACAACUAGUCGCAGUGAGGAGCUACGGAAAGAAGCACGACAGCUGAAACGUGAACUGCUGGAAGCAAAGCAGAAAAAAGAAGAAAGAGCUUUAAAGCCCAAAGAAAAGGAAGAGGAGGAACCUGCUCCAAACAGUGUUGUUGAAGAAUACCUUCAAGAGAAGAGAAAAUAUGAAGACAAGCGGAAGCAGCAGCCAAAGAAAGGGACAUCUCGUGAGGAUCAGACGCUGGCACUGUUGGACCGAUUUAAAUCUAAGCUAACCCAGGCAAUUGAAGAAACUCCUGAAAACCAGGUUUCUGAACCUGAAGAAGAUAAUGAUGAAGGAUGGAUGUCACAUGUACUUCAAUUUGAAGAUAGAAGCAGAAAGGUGAAAGAUGCAAGCAUGCAGGAUGAAGACACUUUUGAGAUCUAUGAUCCGCGGAAUCCUGUAACUAAGAGGAGAAGAGAAGAAAGCAAGAAGAUAAUGAGAGAAAAAAAGGAAAGGAGAUGAAAAGAAAGUAAAGCUGGCCAGAGUGGCCUUGGAAAGUGACUGCAAUAAAGCUCUGGCUCUUUUGUAGGCUGAAGUUCCUAAAAAUAUCACUGGACAAGUGUGAAAAGGAAUCUCUCAAGAACCUGUCGUGCCGUUUUGAAGCAGAGCUAUCAUUUGUUUCUUAAGUUGUGCAUUCAAGUGCUCUCAGUACACUCAUUUUCCAACCUCACAAAAGGUUUUUAGAAUUCUGUAUUUAAUAAAACAGCUGACUUGUC